CGCUAAAAAUAUCCGAAAAAUAAGAUCCGGUGACUAAAAGUAACAAACGAAUGUUGCUGUUUACGUUCUUAAAAUAUUUAAACUUCGAAACAUUUAUUACAUUUCCUUUUGACUGUGAAUGUAAUUAUUGAAUAGCCGACAGAGUUUUGUUUUCAAUUUCACGAUGUGACCAUGUGACGAUUUUCUCUAUUUACCUUAAAGCUGGACAUUGGAGAAGCUAACCUAGCAAAAACAAACGCUGAUUUUCCUCAUUAUCCCGGAAACAUGGAUGUAGAAGGUCGGGAUUUUCUGAACACUCCUCCUUUAAAGACUGUCAGGUUUGGUGGUAGCGUUGUGCAGACUUUGGCCAAAUAUAAACAGGGAGACUUGACUGACUAUGAACUGCUGAACUAUCAGCUGGCUGACCCUGACAUAAAGGAUGCACAGAUUAUUACAUGGCUACAAGAAUUUCGGAACUGUGUUGCCCAGCUAACCAAAGAGCACGAGCAACUCAUCUACACUAUCUUGAGGCUACCCUGGGUGGGUCGGAGCCAGGCAGUAGCGGAGGCGUACAUGGGCUUCCUCACUAACUUGGUGUCAGCACAGACAGUCUUCCUGUGUGCAUGCCUCAAAAUGAUCGUCUCCCACUUUUCGCCCAAACGAGUAACCAUCUGUGAAGAAGGAGUCGAUUUCUCGGAUUCAGAUGAUGAAGAUGAAAAUCUCCCCAGAAAUUUCAACCAGUGCCAUGAUGCCUUGCAGCUCAUCACCAGAUAUGUCCCAUCCACAAGUCACUUUCUGGUGCCCAUUUUGCAAGAUAGCUUUCCAUUUGUUCAAAAGUCUUCCAGAACCCUGGAGUGUUAUGUUCACAACCUUCUGAGAGUCACCGUUUACAUACCAACAAUUCGACGAGAUGUACUGGAGAUCAUCAUUGGACAGAUGCUUAAACUGGAUGUGAAUGCGUCCCGUGCAGACAUUGAAGAGGCUGAAGAGAAUGUGCUACGUAGCCAGCGGGCAGGCAGCUCAACUGAAGAUGCACUUUUUGAUAUGGAUGAGGACCUGCCGACAGGUCAGCCCUGCAGUUUGGAGGUCAUGGCCCACCCAGUGGCAGAGAGGCUUGAUUCGCUCAUGACUGUGUUGUUGGCGUACAUCAAGGAUGUCUGCUACGUUGACGGUACUCUUCAUACAGACAAAACAAAGGAACUGUACAGGGACCUGUUGAGUGUGUUUGACAAGCUCAUCUUGCCCACACAUGCUUUGUGUCACAUCCAGUACAUGAUCUUUUACCUCUGCAGCUUCAGGCUGGCCCUAGCUGAAGCUUUCCUCGAGCACUUGUGGAAAAUUCUUCAGAAUCCAUCUCAACCAGCCGUCGUCCGGCAGGCUGCUGCUGGGUACAUUGGAAGCUUUCUUGCCAGAGCCAAGUUCAUCCCUGUGGUCACAGUCCGGGCGUGUCUGGACCUGCUCAUCUCGUGCAUCCACCGCUAUAUUGACAGCCAAGACAGCAAAGGCAGGCAGUCCUGCUGUGACAUUAGCCUCCAUGGACCGUUCUACACCGCCUGCCAGGCUGUCUUUUACACGCUGAUCUUCAGACAUGGAGCCAUUCUGGCAGCCAACAUGAAGACAGGUUUAGAGUACCUCCAAAGCUUAAAUCUGGAGAGGGUGGUCAUGUGUCAGAUGAACCCACUAAAAGUGUGUCUCCCAGCAGUCACAAAUAUGUUUGCAGCCAUCACCAGGAAAUAUCAGGUAGUGUUCUGCUACACCAUCAUAGAGAGGAACAACCGCCACAUGCUGCCUGUGGUGCGCAGCUGUGCAGGAGGUGACAGUGUCAACACCAACACCAACCCCUUGGACAGCUUCUUUCCAUAUGACCCCUACCUACUGAAAAGACUGGAGCAAUUAUUUUAUGUGCAGAUCUGGUCAACUCAUCAAGCCCCUCUAUCAAGUGUGGGAGGAGCCAGAAGACUCAGAACUUCUUACUCCAAAAACAGCCCAUCAGGGCUUGAAAGAGGAUGACGAUGACUUCCUGAGUGGGGAGAUGACCCAAGGUGACGGAAUCAUUGGAAUGACACCCAGCUCCUUGGAUUCAAACCCAAAUAUUGGCUCACCCCCUGUCUCCUUCCAGAGACAUUGCUAGUGCCAUGUUAUGGAUUGUGACACUUGCCUGGACCACCCUUAGUCCACUGACUUUGCAAUGAUGCACACUGAGUUCAUAAUGUCAUGAAAACUCCCUUUGCUGCAACUUCACCCGAAACAUGAAAAUGGUGUGGCGUGGGAGUUAAAUAAUCACAGUCACCGGACUGUGGUUUUUGCUCUUCAGAUUUCUUUCAUGAUAACGGGACAAUCAAAAAAAAUUCUGAAUUGAAAGUGUUAAAAUUAGAGCCAAAUCUAUAUUAUUGUUAGUGUUUGACGUUUUCAUUGAACUCUCCAGGUGGUUUUAGCAGUUCAAUGGAUCAUGUUCAAGGUAUGUUAAGUCUCUUGUGAGCCUUUUCAUUGUUGGUUGAGAUAUAAAGAUUCACAUUGUCUUCAA